AUGACAAAAAAGUUAACUAAUAAAUUCUCCCAACGAGUUUAUAAUCUAUGUUCGCAAAUACCAGCCGGUCAUGUUUCAACUUAUAAAUAUAUUGCGAUUGCGGCUUAUGGUAGUCCUCAUUAUGCCCGAAUAGUUGGUAAUAUUUUGAGUAAAUGCGAAUGUGAACCAGAAUUAGGUUCUUGCGAAAGUAUUCAUUGUUAUCGAGUUAUUAAUUCUAAUUUUUUUUUGGGUGGAUUUGCCACUGGUCAAGGAGGUGGUAAUAGGGCAGAAAUAAAAAAAAAUAUAUUAGCCCGAGAAGGGAUAUUUUUUGACAAACAAGGUUAUUUAGUAAGAAAGUUGCGAACCAGUAAAAAGGAAUAUGAAAAAUUGAACCAAGAGCAAAAAGAUUAUCAAGAAUUAAGCCAAGGAGUAAGCAAGGAAGAACAAAAUAUUCUCCUUAGCGAGAUUAAAAAUUUAGACGAACGAAAAAAAGAACUAAUUAAUAAAAUUAAAGAACAAAUAAUCGAAGAAGAAAGUAUUAGUCAAAAUGUCAUUAUAGAAAUCCGUCCAGGACCAGGAGGAGAUGAGGCCGGUUUAUUUGUUCGUGAUUUAUACCGCAUGUAUUCUAUGAAAGGGAAAGGAGUUUUUAAUUAUUUAAAAAAUGAAGCCGGGGUGCAUCGCGUUCAAAGAAUUCCCCUUACUGCCAAAGGCGGAGAAAAACAUACCUCUACUGCUACGGUGGUAGUUUUGCCCGAACCCCAAGAUAUAGUGCUUAAUAUUCCUUCCUCAGAUUUGAAAUAUGACUAUUAUCGUUCCAGUGGUGCCGGCGGUCAACAUGUUAACACUACUGAUUCGGCAGUUAGAGCAACCUACACUUACUCCACUAACGGCAAAACAGAAACUAUUGUGGCUACUUCCCAAGAUGGCCGAAGUCAACAUGACAACAAAGAAAGAGCUUUAACAGUUUUGAAAAGUCGUUUAUGGGAAAAAUUACAAUUGGAGCAGCAAAAAAAAAUGGGUAAUUUACGUUCGACCAUGAUUGGAACUGCCGAACGUUCUGAAAACUUUCGCACUUACAAUUUUCAAGGCAAUCGGGUAGUUGAUAAACGUCUGAAUAUAAAAUUAUACGGUAAAAUUGAAUUUAUUAUGAAAGGAGAAUUAGAAGAAAUAUGUCAAAAAUCAAUUGAUUACGAAGUGGAAAAAAAAAUAACCGCAACAGAUUUUCAAAAGGCAGCAGCAGAAGAAAUAAUAAACAAAUUAUUCAAUGCAAGUGAAAAAGAAAAGUUAACAACUCUAAUAAAAAAAUUGGGUGGGAAGGAGUUAGGAAAAAUUUCCUUAAUAACAAAUGCCUCUAACUGGAUAGAAGGAUAUAUAAACAGACACAUAGCAACCGUAACUGGCAAAAUCUUCAAAAUAAUUCAUAAUCAAACAUCUCCUCAUGCUCUAAACUUGUUAGGUAUAAUUAACCUUGAAGAAAAACAUUUUCCGGAAAGUUAUGAAAAAUUUUCCCGACUGCUAACCGACCUUCGAACGGAACAUGGUACCCACUAUAAAACAGAAACUGUAAAAAAUUAUUUUUCGGCGGCUUUGAUAGAAUUAGAAUAUUUUAUAGGAGAAAUUGAAAAUGCUAAAAAUACCUCUAAACCCAAACCGAACCAACAAAACCCAAAUAAAGAACCAGAAAAUAAUUCGCCCGAGCAAGACAAAAAUACAAAAACCCCUCGAAAUAAACGUCUCGAAGAACUACGGGCAAAAACAAUUACAGAAAUCAAUUUAAUUAGCAAUAGUAGUGAUACAAUAUACAUUAAUAAUUUAAAGGAAAAUUUGCUAGCCUUUAUUCAGCGAAUCAAAAAAGAGAAAAUAGACAGCGGGAAGUUAUCCGAACUUAUUCAAAGAGAAAAUUACCGGGGAGAGAAAAGUUAUACCUCUCUAAAAGCAGAGAUAAAUGCUUUGAGAAAGAAAUUCGCCGAAAAGGAUAUCGACGGAUACCGCAAUGCUAUUAAAGAAAUGAUUACCCAAGAACUAGAAAAAGAAGCAAUUAAAGAAAAUGAAUUAGAUGCGGAAAUCCAAAAAAAGUUGGAAAAACUUCGAAAAGAGAAAAUGGAGCAAACGGAAAUCGAUACAAUAAAGGAUGAAGUCAGCAACAAUACCAAACUAAAAAGUGCCGAAAAAAUACUUAAAAAGUUGCUCGAAGACUAUAAAAAUAAUCCCUCUUCUCAGAAAAAGCAAGAAAUUAUCAAUUUUGUUAAAAGUAAUAACUCUUUUUACCAAAUGGCUUACCAAUCCGAAAAAGGCAAUGUAGACAACUUAUUAAAAAACGGCGGUAGCCCUUCGCAAAAAAAUAAUUCUUCCAAAGACGAAUUCCCUAUCAACCCUAAAUACAUUAUCGGUGGAAUGACAAUAAUAGGAUUGAUUUUUGUUUUGGUAGAAAUUUUUAAAAAAAGGAAACCACGUUCUCACCGAAAUUAA